ACGCUAUUGGAAUGUACGAUGCAAUAUGAUAUAGAAGUACUUUUCAUGCUUUUCCACAAUAAGAUACGCAUCGAGCAAUACAAGCAACGGAUCUCUGUCUACGACUAAGAUCAAACAAAGACGCUGCGCUCGGAACCCAGUGUCCCAGAGAACGAUGGCGUGGUCGCUGCCUACCGAAACCCGGUACGGGGUCGCACUCUUGCUCUGCAUUGCAAACGCCAUCUGCUACGCCGAUCGCACCAACAUCGGGAUCGCAGCACCCCUCUUCCUUCCCGACCCGGCAGAUCGGGGGAUCGUACUGUCCGCCUUCUUUUACGGCUACAUUCUGACGCAAAUCCCCGCCGGUCACCUGGCCUCCCGCAUCGGGGUCAAGUCCGUGCUCGGGGUCGGCGUGGUCGUCUUCACCGUCUUUGAUUGCUCGACGAUCUUCGCGUCGCGGUCGAUCGGGCUCCUGGUGGUCGUGCGGGCCUGCAUGGGGUGCGGGGAGGGCGUCGUUAUGCCGAGCCUGCACCGGUUCGCCGCCGCCUGGUUUCCGUCCCAGGAGCGGAGCACCCUCGUCGCCGUCAUCUCGAGCGGAACGGACCUCGGGACGAUUUUUGCCCUCCUUUUCUCGCCGUGGAUCAUUCGCGUCACGGGUGGGAACUGGCGGGUGGUCUUUGUCUUCUUUGGAGCCCUGAGCGCUCUGUGGCUCUUCCCAUACGUCCGCUACGUCACGAGCAUGCCGGAAGACCACGACCGCAUUUCUGCCGAAGAACAAGCCUUGAUCACGUCGACGCGCCGCUCGAACCACAGCGGACCGCGGCGGGGGGGCACAAACCCGGUUCUGUGGCGGACGCUGUUGACCAACAGGUCGCUGUGGGUGAUUUAUGCCGCCCAUUUUGCGUUCAAUUACAGCUGGUACGUCCUGCUCGGAUGGCUCCCCACGUACAUCCACGAUCACCUGGGACUGGAUCUGAGCCAGCACCCCCUCGCGGCCGCGUUGCCGUACAUAUGCGGAUACGUAGGGUUGCUCGUGUGGGGACGCGUUUCCGACCGCCUCUUGGCCCGGGGCAUCCGGAUCGUGCACGUCCGCAGGGGCAUGAACUCGAUCGGCAGCUUCGUCCCCGCGCUGUGUCUCUAUUUGCUCCGGUACGCCCAAAAACCAGGGGUGGCAAUAGGGCUGUUGUCCUGUGCCCUCUUCACCGGCCGGGCCUGUACGCUGGGCUUUUGGGUCAACAUGAUCGACGUCGGGCCGGAUUACGCGGGAGAAAUCAUGGGCUUGUCCAACACGAUCGGGACGAUCCCCGGCAUUGCAGGGAAUUUGAUUACGGGGUACAUUCUGAAGCACACCCAGAGCUGGACGAUCGUCUUCAGUGUUGCUGCACUCACGUCGGUGAGUGGUGGCAUCGUUUUUGCAUUCGGAUCGACGGACCGCAAUGUUUUCGAGGACCCUUCUUCGUCGGAUGGAAUCGUGCUUUCUCUCGAUGAGUUCCAUCCAAGCCAAGACCGGACCAGGUGAGAUCGAUCUGUAUACAAUAGACGAUAAGCUGUGAAGCAUAAUUAUGAGCCAAGACAUUGACGUGGACGAGUGUACUUGAGGAAGGACACCAUCGUUAUACAUGUAUGAUCAGUCAUGGGCUUACGGGAAGAGCAAGACUGUUCUAUGUCACGCCCACCGCAGUCGAUUGAACUUGUUUCAACGUUCCAAAAUGGUUCAGAUUAGCUCGAUUCUAUUCCAUUAUCGGUGCCGCGUAUGGCCUAAUAGGAUCAGAUUGGAUCGAAUCUGAUCUGCAAUCGUUGCCACUCAUGGGCGUGAUCAUUACGAUGUAUACGAAGUCUGAACAAUACUUGAAGUAUUUUCAACCGGAUUCUGAUGCUAGUCUCGCCAUUUUAAUCACUUUAGGACACGGGGGUCUUAGGGUUCCCUUGGUUUUGAGUGAAAGACGACGUGACUUUCAACCAUUGCGUGGGAAUGCCUAAGGCAACACUUGGUACUUUACGGUGAUGGGCCAAACGAGAAAGAAAAAACUUGAAACGUUCCUUCUCUAUCGUGUUGGGUAGAACUAGGACCCAUUACACGGUGAGGUAAGAAGCUAUCUUCGACGUUGAUAUGAAUAGUGUUGAAAAUUCCAUCAACAUCACGCAAGGAAUAAACGGAAUCUCACCACGCACUGUACUGAUAAUAUGAAGAUCGAAUGAAAUGAUUUCUUCACGUGCGAUUUAUGGUUGCUAUGCUUGUGAGAUGGAAGUCUUCAGUUUUUAAUUGGUUGGGACGAGCUUUUGGCACCUACAGUGGUACUGCACUAGAAUAAUUUAGGAUUGUAAUAUGCAAUCUGCUAGUCUGUUUGUUGCGACAUUUUCUUUCAAAGACUGACGCUGUGUGAACAUAAAUCAACACGGACGAUUGCCUUAUCUCCUUCGGGGUUUCCCCGCUUCGGGAAUUUUAAUUUUAACUCUGAUGACCGCAAUGAUUUUAAGUUUUGUUAUACCCCGUCUGCGUACGUACCGUACGGUAGAUCCGAUUCUUAGAAGGGGCUGAAUAGUACAGGACGAUAGGUGCAGUGGGGGUACCUAGAAAAAAAUCCC